CUGAACUCCCUCUGUGUGUGUGGUGUGUGUUCCAUUACACCGGUCCUGAGUCAAGGGGCCGGUCCAGCUGUGUAGGUCUGGUGGAUCAGUUGCCUACCUGUCUUUGUCGUUCUUGUUUCAGACCUCCUCUGUGGUGGCAUCAGAAGGAAGCCUCCAAGAUGGGCACCGCGGACAAGCUGCUGGAUCUGAUGUUCAGCUGGAUGGAGAAUAGGGAGCACUGUGCUAAGCAGCUGAGGAAACUGGCCCGGGAGCUGGAGGAUCUCAAAGAGAACUGCAACGGCAGCCAGUGUGUCGGGAACACAGUGUCGGUGGUGGGAGCUGCUAGCCUGCUUGGAGCUGGCGUGGCCACAUUGAUCACCGCCGGUUUAGCGGCUCCGUUUCUAGCGUUAGGAGCAGCCUAUACAUUUGUAGGUGUAACCAUAUCUCUGGUUACUCAACUUACUGAGCACCUCUCAUCCAGCAAGACGAUGAAGAAAGCGCAGAGCAUAGAAAGCGAGAGCAACGAGAUUGCAGAAGAAAUCAAGAGUCAGUUCGAGCAUCUGAGGAAGGUGGAGUGUAAGGCGGAGAGCGUCAACGCAGACGAAGACGAGCUGGACCAACGAGUCAUGGCUAAGAUCCCUGCAGCCAUCGCCAGAAGGAGUGGUCAGAAGUGGACAGUCUGUGAUGGCAUCAAGUUGUCUUCUUCAUCUGGGCCACAGUUUUCUCGGAAUGCGCUAUUAAACCCACUAAUGCCUGCACUUGCUGAUGGAGUUUUCGGUAUUUUAGUAGUCUUUGCAUUUAAAGCAAGUGGAAAGAAAUCUAAACUGCUGUUUGCUAAAGCAGGCCAACAACUCAUCAAUAAAAUGUCCACAACUGGACUCAAAACUGCCCUUGAAGUAGGGGACACUGCCCUUAAAGUAGGGGGCACUGCCGUUAAAGGAGCGGGCACUGCCCUUAAAGUAGGGGGCACUGCCGUUAAAGGAGCGAGCACUGCCCUUGAAGGAGCGGUGACUGCCGUUAAAGUAGGGGACACUGCCCUUAAAGGAGCGGUGACUGCCCUUAAAGGAGCGGGCACUGCCGUUAAAGGAGCGAGCACUGCCCUUGAAGGAGCGGUGACUGCCGUUAAAGGAGCGAGCACUGCCCUUGAAGGAGCGGUGACUGCCGUUAAAGUAGGGGACACUGCCCUUAAAGGAGCGGUGACUGCCCUUAAAGUAGGGGGCACUGCCGUUAAAGGAGCGAGCACUGCCCUUAAAAUAGGGCGCACUGCCCUUAAAGGAAGCAUGGUUGUUGGAGGAGUUGUUGGACUUGCGUUUGCACUUGACGAAGCGAUAGACAGCUGGAAGAAGAUGAUCGAGAAGAAUCACGUGACUGAAGCGAGCCAAUCCCUGAGAGAUACCGCCGACGCCUUGGACCAGAUGAGCCGGACGCGGAGGAAUCAGUUCGACGACAUAAAGACGAAGAUGGCUAACAGGCAACGAGAACACGAGGAAAGGCUGGAGAGAGAGAGACUGGAGGAAGAGAGACUGGAGAGAAAGAGACUGAAGGAAGAGAGACUGGAGAGAGAGAGACUGGAGAGAGAGAGAGACUGGAGAGAGAGAGACUGGAGAGAGAGAGACUGGAGAACGAGAGGCUGA